UUUAGACGCGUUGCAUUUGAUCGAUUUCAAACGAACCCUCUCGGUGCGCAGCGACACAAUUAAGUGUAAAAGGACACUUUAAUAAACAUUGAGCAACACAAUGGAAUACUUCGGUCAUAUAGCGCUCUGUUUCGCAAUACCAUUAAGUUCGAAACGAUAAGUCAUAAUAGACAAUGCGUUCUGGUUCAACGUUUUCUAUCGAUUAAAAUCUUUCAAUAGUUAAAACGUUUUAUGACAGCUCUAGAAAUUACUGUCAUCCGCUACAAUUAAUACGCUCUUUAUGCGUAAUGAAAUUGUGAUAUUGAAAAGGUUACAACCAACGACAGAAAAAAUAAGAAACAACGAUAAAAAAGAUAUAUUCAAAGUGGUUGCUUGAAACGAGCAUGCAUCGACACUAUCAAUUUGUGCAAUAUCUUUUCUAACGUAUCGUGAUGCGUAAAGUUUAGUGAUUUAAAUCGACUGGUUCGGCGCGUGCGUAUUGAUGCAGCGACCCAGGUGCGAGUUGGACAGAGGAAGGCCAGAUAGAAUAGCAGCGACAAGCGGUAGUCAAACAAUGCUGUUCCGAGUAGUCGGAUGCAUAGGGUCGUUUUGAGUUUAUCUAGCUGAUCAGACUGAUCUUCGAGCUGUCGGUAUGAUGUACGCGUACGGUUCGGAAGAGGAAUUGUGCACGUUCUAACAAUUCAGGCCCGUGUUGCAUCCGAUUCGCAGAUUCUGUAGUGUGAGCGAGUUUGUAAAUAAAGAAUGGCCGGAGAACCUCGUGAGACCGGGCACACAAAGCCGCUGGUGCAGCUUUUUCCAAAAGCGUCAGAAUGCGUAUAUACGAGUUGUUAUUGCGAGGAAAAUGUAUGGAAGCUCUGUCAGGAUGUAGCCACGAGACACGGAUCAGAAUUGCAACAUUGUUACGUUGCUUUCGUGAGCAACGCUUGGCGAAGUGUACCGCUUUGGCGACAACGGGCAGGAAAGGACGAGGAUAAGCUCGUAGUUUGGGACUUCCACGUAAUCCUUAUCUACGCACCCGAUGAAAGAGCGGUCGUAUACGAUUUAGAUAGCGUGUUGCCGUUUCCCACGCAUUUCUGGAAAUACGCGAUGGAAACGUUUAGAUCGGACGAAGUGGUACCUCCCGAACAUCACAGAAGAUUCAGAUUGGUACCAGCCAGUGUGUACUUGAAAGAAUUCGCGUCGGAUCGGCAUCACAUGAAACGCGAGGAUGGCACAUGGAUCAAGACACCACCGGAUUAUCCACCAAUUUCAACACCAACGUGCAAGGAUAACUUGGAUACCUUUAUUAACAUGGAUCCAGGGACCGGUUUCGGGAUUCUAUUGACUUUAGAGCAAUUAUUCGACCGAUUUCAUAGGCCGAACGCGAACGCAUCUGCUCCUCGUACACCUCAGCCUCAAGCAACGCCGACUUAAGUAAACUGCUAAGUAAGUUCUGCAGGAUAACGAUCGUUUCCUUCGAUUUCCAUUGUCAACAUCCCGUCGUAUGGCCUAAGGGAAUUGGUUAGGUGCAUAUACCUUUGCCAGUCGAUACAUAUAUCGGGUUAAAAACAAAACAUUUUUCACGAUAACGUUUGCCUGAUCGUUGUUGCUAAUCGUUCGAAGUCGCAGUCGUGCGUUUCUACAGGCAAAGGUAGAUUAAUUUCGAACCGAUCGAUUGUUUUUACCAGACAUUCCUGACUUUACACGAUGUUUGUCCUUUGACUUUCUAUCUAUUCGGAUUAUAAGUUGAUUGAAACAUUAUCGUGUUCGCUUAUGUCGGUAUAAAACGCAACUUCUUACUCGAAUAAUUGAUUUGGCUUGAAUCGCGUUCGCGCCGCCUGCUUUUCUUCUCGAUAACUGUAUACGCCGAUUACAUAUGCCGAUACGUUUGUUUCUUUCCAUUUUAAAAACCUUUUUUGCAGAGCCUUACGGAGACAAGACUAGUUUCUGUUGUAUGUUACACGUGUUACGCUCGACCAUAUGUAUAUUCCAAGUUAUCAUUCGUGGUUUUAUAUAUACAAAUGUGUAUAUAUAUGUGUGUGUAUGCAUACAUAUAUAUAUAAGUGUUCUCUUGUCUUCGUACCAUACGUUUACCAUUACGCGUGAACCUUUGUCACGGCUUUGCUCUCUCAGUGGUAUUUAUCGUUAUGGUUAAUUGUGUCAAAGACUGAUGUAUUUACGGACAAUUUCCAAAAUCGACGAGAAAGAAAUAAUCUUUUUCCCGAACGAUAUCGUAUCUACUUAGCUCGCGUCCUUGGCACAGACGCGACUAAUGCGCUUAUUAUUAAUACUAUUAUUAUUUUUAUUAUUAUUAUUAUCGUGCAAUUUGAUAUAUACAUAAUAGUAAGGGCAAGAACUUAAUCUUUGCGAUAUAACCGUAAUAUAUUACGAUUAUUGUAAUUCUUGUGAUACUUUACACUUUCUACUUUGAAUACCUACGCUAUACUUGUCUACUGUUUGUACUAAAAAGAAAAGAGAAAACAAGAUGAAACAACUGAUUCUUAAGAUGAUCGCGUGUUCGCUCGUUGAUUCGAUUUUUCUCUUCCUCGAGCUGGAUCUUAAUUAGAAUCGAAGAAAAUCGAGAUUCGAUCUGGAGUGGCGUGCUCCACAUGACCAAAUGUCAACAUCGAAUGAAUUUUGACAACGAACGUUCGAAAUCUCUGAAGCUAGUAUUCGUGAUGCCUGUAUGGUGGACUGUUUGAAGUUGCAUGAUAUAUUUAACCCUUUCGUUGCGAGACAUUUCGGUUGAAAGUAAAAUGAGUUAAAUGAGAAGAGGGUUAAAUAAUUAUCCGGCAUCCGAUAUCAAAUAGCAUCGGGCUAAAGAUAGAUUUAUUAGCGAACUCGCGCUAUCUCGUUUAGAAAAGAUAAUCAACGAGCGAAUACAAUCGGACUAUCGAUUCUUCUGACAAACCAAAAUGGAAUCGUUAAGAGAAAGAGGAAUCGACAGUCUAGGUCGAUAGUUUAAGAAUUCGUCCACUCUUUGCCUUCCAGAAUCUUUCACUAGAUCUCUUUGUCUUUAUCAUCAACAUGUGUUUUUUCUCCGAUUCACCUAUAUCAUAUAUUUACUAUAUUUGCAUACGUACUUGUAAGCAACCGUGUUUACGACUUGGAGACAGCUGAUCGAGCGUGAUCAGUGACGCGGGAACCAGUCACGUCGCUUUUGCACGAACAUUGUACGUGGAAAAACCCGGGACCGAUUUUUUUAGCGUGUAAUACCUUCGAUUACCAGAGUAUAGAAAAAAAGAAAAGUUGAAAAAAAAGAUCUAAUCUCUCUAUCGUUCAAACUAUUACUAGAUAUAUAUCAGAAGAAAUUAUUAUAUUAUCACGAGAACGAUGAUGGUUAUUAUAUAUACAUAUAUUUACCAAUAUUCUCAUAUUUAUUAUAUUGAUAUAUAUAUAUAUUUAAUUAUACUGUAUCAAUUUCGAUACGUCGAUGGGAGGAGGUUUGGUCAGAAACGUCCACGUUCGGACGACACGUCCUCUUAUCGGUUUCAUUCUGCGAUAUUACAUGUUGUACGAUUUGAAACGUUCACACGAAUCUUUUAUCACGAUAUUCGCAUGUUGACGAAGAGAAUUGAUGAAAAACGAAGAACGACGAUACCUCUGUUCGAUGAUGAACUUCGUUUUUCGAGUCUAUGAUAAGUUACAAACGAGUGGAAUGCACCAUUCGUCUCAGCUUGAAAUUUUAUCAAUGUACUUUUUCAAAUCUUUAUAAACGGUGACCAUUUAUGCUCCAUGGUCCUGUCUCCUCUUCCUUGGUCGGGUGCCAUGUCUCUAUAUUUGAUACAGUGAGCGAAGAAAACGAAGAACGAAUGCUUCCAAAUGGUAAUCGAAGUUCAAUUAUCGGUGAUACCGAUUUCACCGGCUGUUUCUUCUUUUAAAUACUUUUUAUCGGCGAUAAUUUUACUCGUUGACGAACCGUUUUUAUUCCCCCCCGAUACACUACCUCCUUUCUUAUUUUCAGCACAAUCGAUUUUUUCUAAUCUCUGUUCGACGUGUUUCGCUUAACGAAGCUAACUGUUUGUUGAUAACGAUACAAGGGUUUUAACGUUUUUGCUCAUUAUGCGCACAGUAUUUUCCAGCGUACUUUCGAUGAUCCGAUUAGAACACUGUUGAGAUAUUGUACCUUUAGGCAUCGGAGAAUUUUCAAGGAGAAAGCGACGACGCGCAUGGAUUUUCAAAUGUAUAUUGUAUUCAAUUUGCAAAAAUAUAUAAUGUAUAAUUACAGAAAAGUUACAUAAGUGAA